AUGGACUUUUGCUUCUUUCUCAUUGGGUGUAUGUAUAACCGCCAUUGAGCUAGGUCAAGUGCACUCGGCGGCGCCACACGAUUGGGUGUUCUGACAGCUUGUCCAUUAUGAUACUAACCAAAUGCUUGUUUUGAAAAAGUUCAAGAAUUCAACAGUCCCUUGAAAGACGUUGGCAACAUUGCAUGUUAUUGCGGACAUUGCCAUAACCAAAGUGCCUUUGCUGUGCGCACCAUCAAUUGCAUCACGAUUUUCUUCAUCCCCAUAAUUCCCUUUUACUAUUCCAAGAGAUUGAAGUGUAACAUCUGCGGAACAACGGGAAGUCUCGAUAGCCAAGCUAUUGAUCGAUUGAAAAACGGCCAACCGGUUGCUAUAGGCUAA